GCUUGAGCGGUGGAGCUUCAGGAGAAGCACGAAUUAAUUGGUAGACGCAGACUGAUGCAGAGGACACCGAAAGGCCCUGUAAGGACAUGAGGAGGAAAGAGUGACAGAAGGAGCUAUUUGACGUUGCUAAAGGUAGUGGAUCCCUCACCAGCUGGAUUAAAAAGGGCACAGUCUCAGAUCAACACAGCCCUGCCCUCCAGCACCCUCAGCAGCAGGAGCAGCAGCAACAUUAUACCCCAUCAGGUACACUAUAUAAACACUGAUAAACGGAGGAGAGCUCGGAGUACAUCGCAGCCAGAAGUUGGCGUCACUAACAGAGACAUCCUUUUAGUACAGACUGAACUUCGAUUGCCAUGGCCAAGGUGUUUAAUGAUCCCAUCCAUGGCCACAUCGAGUUACCUCCACUUCUUGUCAAGAUCAUAGACACCCCUCAGUUUCAGAGACUACGAAAUAUCAAGCAGCUUGGGGGCGGUUAUUUUGUUUUUCCAGGAGCAUCCCACAACCGCUUUGAACACUCUAUUGGGGUGGGAUACUUAGCAGGAGAGCUUGCUAAAGCCCUCAAGGUGAAGCAGCCAGAACUUAACAUCAGUGAUCGAGAUGUCCUCUGUGUGCAAAUUGCAGGUCUCUGCCAUGACCUGGGACACGGGCCCUUCUCUCAUCUGUUUGAUGGUAUGUUCAAUCCUGAAGCGGACCCACUAACUAAAGACUGGAAGCAUGAGGAUGCCUCUUUACAGAUGUUUGAUCACCUGGUGAAAGCGAAUAGUCUGGCACAAGAGAUGGAGCGUUAUGGACUGAUACUCCCAACUGACCUGACAUUUAUCAAGGAGAUGAUUAAACCUCUAAAGAGUGAUGACGCUGAGUGGCUGCGUGAAGGUGAGAGACAUGAGAAUAAAUCCUUUCUCUAUGAAAUUGUGUCAAACAAGCAAAAUGGGAUUGAUGUGGACAAGUUCGACUACUUUGCCAGGGACUGCCACCACCUGGGCAUCCGGAACAACUUUGACCAUCAACGCUUCAUCAUGUUUGCCAGGGUGUGUGAUGUGAAUGGGCGGAAGCACAUUUGCUCUAGAGACAAGGAAGUGGCAAACCUGUAUGACAUGUUCCACACAAGGAACUCUCUCCACAGAAGAGCCUACCAGCACAGAGUAACCAAGAGUGUAGAAAUUAUGAUCAAAGACGCCCUCUUGAAAGCAGAUCAUCACAUCCUGACUAAAGGUUCAGGAGGGACAACGCUCUGUCUCUCCAAAGCUAAAACUGACAUGGAAGCCUACACAAAGCUGACAGAUCAAGUGAUUGAAAAAAUACUCCACCCUUGUUCUUCUUCAAAUGAACCCACUCCUCCUCCUCUGGAGGAAGCCAGGGAGAUUCUUGAGAGGAUCAUGUCUCGAGACCUGUACCAGUUUGUGGGUGAAACCAAGCUCAAGAAAGAAGACCAAGAGGAAAUAAAAAAGAUGAAGGACAGCUUGGAAAAUGAACUGGUUAAAGUCAUUCGAAAGGACAACUUUGAAAUUACUGUUGUCACUUUGGACUAUGGGAUGAAAAACAAGGACCCCAUCAAUACCACAUAUUUCUACACUAAGGCUAACCCUACUGAAGCAUUCAAGAUUCCCAGAGAACAGGUGUCCAAGCUUCUCCCAGUGUGCUUUGCUGAGAAGAUCCUCAGAGUUUACUGUAAGAACUCAGCCAGUCUGAGAGAUGCUAAGUUCUGCUUUCAAAGCUGGUGUCACGAAAAUGACUUUGUAACUGAGGAUCGAGACAGAGCAACUCCAUGAAAUGAAGAUGUGAAACACUGAGAAAUUAGAUUUUUUGUGUUACUUCAGAGAUUUAAAAACAGGUAAAUCAGCAAGCUAAAGUAGUUUGGUGAUUAAACUAUAUAUCACACUAUAUUUCACUAUAAUCAGACUAUAUAGCUCAACUUGGCUGAAUGGUUUAGAUAAAGGCUACUGUUAUGA